UUGGACCCGCCAAUCACACGACGGGGUGUGGGUUUCGUACUACGGGAUAAAAAUCUUUACUAUAAGCUAGCGAGGGGUCUGAUCAGCUUGCUAUAGUACCGCUAUCUGGCUCGGGCCUACACCACGAGUACCUGGGCUGGACGAGUGAAGGGGACAUCAGUAGUUUGUAUUUAUCGAAGCGAUAUUCAAGGAAAUACACACAGAUGUGAGAGUUUUCCCAAUGGAUUGCAUUGAACAUUCCGAUGGAUUGUAAAGUUUGGAAAAGUUGAUUAAGCGUGCACUGUUUCGGGACUGUCAGUAAAGGUCCCGCCAAACGAUAACUGAUGAAGUGAGCAGACGACGCCUGAAGCAGACGACACCGCGGGCAGACGACAAUUUCACGUGAUCAUGGAAAAGUCGGAUUCCGUGCAGAGGGGAAUGUAUAUACCUAUGGAAGCAAUUCAAAGGGAUUUGGUAUCUAGGUACGGAAAUGUGCGGGUAUUAGUUGUCCCGAAGGAGAGAAGCUCAUCGACUUCUUCGUGCAAGGAAAAUGAGGACUGUUUUUCAAAAGCGGACGGGAAUGUGUUCGAGGACGAUUCAGAGUGGGUCAUUUCGGACAGUAAAUCGAGAAGUUCUCCCGUUUCCCCAGACUUUUCUUAUAGGCCGAGGCAGGUGUUUGACUACAGAGGGCAACAAGACGCUGAGAGGUUCACACAAGAACGAAAAGAUGCAGAGAUUCUCAAAUCCAAGACUGAAUCAACGCCAAAACGUGUACCGGAAGUGCUCCAGACGCCAUUACGUUACGAGAAGGUAGGCGACGAGAACUCGAGUCUGACUCCCCGCAAACCUGCGGAGCCAGAUCGACAACCCGGAGACAGUAUGUCGGAGAAGAUCAAGAGGCAACUGUUUGCAGGAAUUGAAAACGAAUAUAGAGUCAUCCGAAAUGAUACGUACCACCGGGUACCCCCCGAGCCGCACGAUGACGUGUACUUGGAGCGCCACCGAGACUCCGACAAUCACCACAUGUACUUUACCUACCGGGACAAGAGGUCCCCGGGUCCCGAACAUCCGCGGGCGUUCUUCGAAAGGGACUUUACAUACCACGACCGUCCUCUCCCCUCUCCCUCCUGGGCCACGCCCACGCCGCCCUCGUCGUUCCCAGACCAUCACAGAUGCGACUGUAUGCAACGACCCAUGGAGUCCGGUAGAGAGCGGUUAGAAAUGACAAAGAAACGGAAAUUUGGUGAUACAUCUUCGUCAGAAAACACAGUCCCGCUUUCACCGAGGAUCAAGAAACAGAAAUGCACGUGCUCAAUGAUGGAGAUGAACUUCCUGCAGAUGGCGGAAGCCGCGUAUAAGAACAUCCGGCGACAAGACACGACUCCAGCAAGUUUCGAACAGUUCAGUCGAGAACUUGUCCAAACGAACAGUGUGUUGAAAGAAUCAGUCAGCAUUCUGUCGACCAUCCGUGAAAUGUGCGAGCAUCGGAACUGUAUACGAAACUGAAAGCACCAACAGACCAUAGACUAUUUAUUCACCACACGAGGACAAUAUUUAUUAUAAUUUAUGAUCACGUGUGACAUGACGUCACACAAAGAUCCCAAUGCUUCAUGUCCGUCCAGGAUAUAAUUCUGUUGCAAGAUGGCCGCCUCAACGAAUACUUCCGGUGAGGAAAGGCAGAUAUUUAUUCCAUCCACACAAAGUACCGCAAGUGCUUUAUGUCCCAAAGACGUAUUUUAUUAGUCUUAUUUAUGACACUGUAUCGGCUGUAAGGCCAAGACACGUGUUUCAUGUUUCCCCGUCCGAUGUGCUGAAGUAGCGCUAUAGAUUAUGUCUCAACACAUACAUUCCCCUAAUACAGUAAACUAUGGUUAUAACGAACUAAAGGGAACCACUUAUUUUAGUUCGUUAUAACCGUAGUUCGUUAUAAGCAUAUAUACAACAAAUGGCUUGGACUAAGAAAUAUGUUCGUCAUAUCGGUCAGUUCGUUAUAAGCGUGUUCGUUAUAAACGUAGUUUACUGUACUACAUAUCUCGCAAUCAAGGGAACCAGUCACAUUUUCCACAUCAAAGCAAAGCGUAAAAGCCUAAAACCUAAAGUGCCUAAUUAAAAGCUUGUUGAAAGUGCUUGACAUGACACUCUCAAUGUCUGAAUCUCCUUGUGGUGUCAAGACGGUGGUUUUGAGAAUUCCAAUUUAUCAUUCUUAUCGCUUUGCACGACCUCGGAGAUCAGGAAUCGUCACCGUUCCUCGUCACGUUGGCAUAUGGCGAUUUGGGCCCAGCUCGAUGCAAGUCAAUCUGGCGUCUGCUUACCUACUCAAGGCAGCCGCAAAUCAAGAGAAGAAUCCGACUUAAGUUAAUAUGAUUAUUAUAUUACACCUGAACGCUCUGUGCUUAAUCAUGGGUUAAUGAGAGAAAGACAGGUAAUAAUGCCCUGUCGAUCAAUAAUUUCAAAUAUCGAUGUCGCUAUCAGCACUGGGGGCGAGGAGGAAAUGGCAUCUCACUUUACGGUUGUCGUGAUGGUUUACGACAUUCGGAUUAGCUAAUUUCACGAUCGCGCUCCACUGACGUACAUGAUUAGGACCGAAUGUAACUAUGGUUUGGUUUUCGGUUGUCGUAAUUAGAUCAGGUAGUAAUAUUGACCCAAAUGACGGUUUCGAUGUCAUUCCAAACUGACAGUUAGGUACGUUACUGUGUCGUUUUUUACACAUCAACAGUUUAUAUGAUUUGUAAUUUACAAAUUGGUUUCCAAAGCUCCAUCGUCAUCAUUCCAUAUUCUAUAAUUUGAAAUCCAGUAUACAUCCACAAAAGUGUUCAAUCCAAGUGUAUUUAUUUCAGUAUUUACGUUUUUGUUUACACCAGGUUGUUCAGUCUUUUGACAUCACAGUGGUUUUGUUGAAACAUUAUUGUUCGAUUUCUAUAUUCAAACGUACCUCUCAUUUUGACAAGUGCUAAAACAUUUCAUUUCUCCCAUCAAAUAUUCAUAACCCACUCAUCGAUAAGACCUUCACUCUUGCUCUGAGAAUCUUACAUUUCCCAACGUUAAAUCUUUAAUGGAAAACAUAGUAGCAGCUCCUUUGUUUGAAAGAUAUCAAAUGAACAUCUUCGAUUUGAAUAUUAAUUUCUUAUUAAUAUUUAGCAGGUGGAAAGGACAAAGUUCAAAUUGAACGGGCAGGUAUGUGCUAAGGAAAUUGAAGUCUAGUGUCAUGUGUCAUGUGUCAUGCCAUGGCAUAUGAGUCCACUGCAAGACUGACAUACUGACAAGAGUAAUUUAGGGAAUAGUUUUAGAAAAAAAUUGUUACGUUUCACAAAUGUUUGACGUACUCAGAUGACAGAAAAAUCUUUCUUGACUGCGUGUUAUCACCCGCUAUCUUAAUUAUUUCUGUUUGACGCUUAACAUUCCGGGUAAAUCGUAUGCUACACGUGGAAGCCAUUAAGCCAUUUGCAAACGCUAUUGAUCGUCAGUGUAGGAUAAGACCUGUGUUUACUGACGUGAUUGUCUCAUUUGUUAAACGGAGUUUCUCAAAUAUGGUUAUGGCAUUUGCUCUAUGUUUUAUUAACAGGAGAAAAUUCACUCUUUGAUGCGGUUAAACAAACGUACACGUAUGGGUUAUAAAUAAACAAUAAACCCCCAGCACCAACCGUAAUUACUUCCUUGAACAUGUUUGACAUGCGCACUACGCCUGUGUUUGUAUUGUUAGAUAUAUUUGUCAGAUAUUAUCAGAAUAAUAUCAAUUAGUCAUGGCUUCUGUCCCGAAAUGGUUUAUCGAAUAUAUUUUAUCCAAUUUCCGUAAGAUUAUAAAGUUGGUACUUUGGAUGAAAUAUUCUUUUGUGAUUAAUUUAGAUCAUAUUAUAGAUUUAUUUUUCAUGCAGAUUGCAUCUAAAUGAAUGUUUUAUAACAGAACGAUUCCAAGCAUGCGCGUUGCUAUGCAAACAGAUCAUUUUUCAUAUGCAUAAUGCAUCAUAUGCAUUUUAUAUAGUGAAACUUGUACAUUCCAUGCAUAUAUCAGCGUGUGUCAUAUUGCAAGUGUCCAUUGUGUAUCAGAUGCGUUUUUCGCAUAUAUAUCAUGAUUCUUUCCGAAUCUGAAGAGACAUCAUUAUAACGUUUACAUGUUGUUUGCAUAUAUGAAGAUACUUUAUCCUUACCUUGUGAUAAUAUGCUUUUACACAUUUUUAUACACCUCUUCGUUAUGCCAAAAUUUGACCCGUUUUAUCGAAACAACUGAGUCUAAGUUGUGUAAAAGAAUUAAAUAAAAUAAGAUGUCAACCUGGCUUGAAAAGCAAUUAGUUCGUUAACAAUCUAAUUUGCAUUUAAUUCUGAUUGGAAUCCAAGUUUCGGUAUAGCGGAGGGAAGUAUGAGUGCCGUGUGCCUGUAAUGAAUGAUAAUAUCGAUAUCACGAUAUUUAAUCAUCGAUAACUCGGUUAUCGACCUGCCCUACAUCCGUCCAGCAUUGUAUUAUAGACUGACUGUAUUACCUGACGUUGUGCUCGUGUAGUGGUUUCUUAAACUUGUUCGUGUGUGGACAUAUGUACAUUUGAAUAUAGCUCUCAUGUAGCUUGAGUGAGUGAGUGAAUGAGUGAGUGAGUUACCUUUCUUCAAUAUUCAGACAGUAGCACAGCACUGGACAUCGAGAAUGAGCCUCAAGCAUUGCCCCCUGUCGGAGAGUGAACCCGAGGCUCUAGCGUGACGUAAUUGGUGACGACCAAUCUACAGCAACUGCUGCAAGGGCAGAUAUAUUUUUAAUUAAAACUAUGCGCCUAAAUAUUGUUUCAACUAAAUCAUCUUGCAACAAUAUUUUUUUUUAUUUUUUUUUCGUUGCUCACAUUUUUUAUUAUUUCCAAGCAUUUUCUGGGAUAAUAUUUUUUCGAUCAAUUCACCGGCCCCUAGAAUAUAAAAUGGCCGACCCCGUACAGCUUCACCAUACGGUACCCAACCGCGAUAAUUGUCCGUGUAUCGAACGUAUAAACACGUUUAAAAUGUCUUAACGAAAACUAUAAUUAUGGCUUUGAAAAGUUCCACUGCUUCUGCUGUAAAUUGGGCUGUAUUUAUUGAGUGAUAUGUUUGCAAAGAAUAAAUGAAAGUAAACAAAAGAAUGAACUGUGACCCGAAGAUGAUUGAUUAAUGAUUGAAUAAUUGAAUGUAAAUAUGUAAACUUUUCUCAAUGUAAGUUGAAUGUUUUUUCAAAUAUUCUAAAACUGUGAUGAAGCACCACUCUAUUAUGUAACUUGCAUUCACGUCCUGUUUGUGAUUGUAGCCAUGGAAACAAUUUCCUGUGUUGUGAUUGGCUGUAAAUUGUGAUGAGAUAUUACUCACUAUUUAAUAUUUUUAGCAGGGAUAUUUCACAUAUACGUUUUUGUAUCAUUCCAAGUAGAUUUAGAUUAACUUAAUAAUUAAUAAUUACAGAUAUUGUGGUUAUUUCAACUGUAGGUACAAUGCAUAAGAAAAAAUAUGAAAUGUAUUUAUUAAUCCGAUCGGAGUGCAGUAGUUUCGCUACUCCUUGUUAUUUAUAUUAAGUACCUUAUUAUUUAAAAUUGUUUUCUCAAACUGAUAAAAUACUGUUCACAGUCAGACAAAAGCGCAGUGUAUGUAUUCUGAAUCCAAUUCUUGAUUCACUAUGAUAUUUUAGAAGACAAAGUUAGUGGAAUGGUGUCCGUAUUUACACUGUGCUCAAAAGCGGAUUAUAACCCUCGCUCAGACAGCAGAAAACUGCGUUAUCCAAUGAAUAAGUUACCUGACUGUGGCUAGUAUCUUGAUUGGUUGGAGUGUGAUGACGUCACGGGUCGACUGUUUAUUAUUGAAAGAUGUACUGUUAGUGUUUCUGAGAGUGUAGUGAUGUUUGUUCUUUCUCAUGUUUGAUUGGUUGAAUAAAUAUGUUAUGAAUUUGA